AUGGCAGGACGGAACAUUCUGGAAGGAGUUGUUAUCCUCCAUGAGACGAUUCACGAGUUCCAUCGAAAAAAUUUGAACAGGGUUAUUUUCAAGAUAGAUUUUGAGAAAGCCUAUGACAAGAAUGACCAGACGCAGGAGAAGGUGGCAGCGGAUCCUGUUGAGGAACAUGAGGCUAACAAGCUGUCCUCCGACAAGGGGAGCGAUGAUGACUACUCACAGUUACAGGGCUCGAAAGGAAUGUUAUACAAAGUUGAAUCUGACAGUGUGGAUGAUGAAGAUCAAGGAAGAGCAAAUGGUUCUGGAAGGAAUGUGGGUGGAGCAACAGAAACGGAGGAUGAAGAAGAUGACGACAACUGUUCUGAUGACAUGGAGGGUGAAGUGUAUCUCCAGCAGUGGGUAACUGACAAGCUUAUCACCUUACUUGACUAUCCCAAGAGCAUUGGUGCCAAGGAAAUCAUCCGGCUUGCGGAGGAUUGUUCUUCUACCGAUGACCUUGUUUGCAUGCUGGUCAAAUCCGGUUUCAGGUCAUCCUCAGAGACCUGCAGCUUUGCGUUAAACAUUUAUGCCAAGAAGCUAUAUCAAGAAGAUGUUGUCAACAGAGAUGUUGAAGUGGAGGAAGCAACUGAGCUAUACUUGAACACGAUAGAAAACAAUGAAGCUCACAGACAGAAGGACAAAAUGCCUGAAGCUGACGAUAUGCAUGAAAAUGCUGGUGAAGAAAAAAGAUUAUCUGUGGUCUUGCUGGAAUAUGAGUAA